UGAAGAAAACACACCUCCUCGAUUUGUCGAUACAGUCCAGGCUCUCCUCUGAAAUGUUCCAGUCAGGACGAAAUUAGGGUUUCAUUGUUCAUCCUUUUUCAGAAUCGUAAAUGGGUAUUCAAGGGCUUUUGCCGUUGCUGAAAUCGAUAAUGGUACCGAUGCAUAUCAAGGAGCUUGAGGGUUGUAUCGUCGCCGUUGAUACAUAUUCAUGGCUACACAAAGGGGCUUUAUCUUGUAGCCGAGAGCUCUGCAAAGGAUUACCCACCAAGAGGCAUAUCCAAUAUUGUAUGCAUAGAGUGAAUUUACUCCGCCAUCAUGGAGUGAAGCCUAUUCUGGUCUUUGAUGGAGGUCCCUUACCGAUGAAACUAGAACAAGAGAAUAAGCGUGCUAGGUCCAGAAAGGAAAAUCUUGCACGUGCAUUGGAGCAUGAAGCUAAUGGAAAUUCCUCUGCUGCUUAUGAGUGCUAUUCAAAGGCUGUUGACAUAUCACCUUCUAUUGCGCAUGAGUUGAUACAGGUUCUGAGACAGGAGAAUGUUGAUUAUGUUGUUGCUCCUUACGAAGCUGAUGCACAGAUGACCUUCUUAGCUAUUAAUAAGCAAGUUGAUGCAAUCAUCACUGAGGAUUCGGAUCUCAUACCUUUUGGCUGCCCAAGAAUCAUUUUUAAGAUGGACAAGUUUGGUCAUGGUGUUGAGUUUCAAGCUUCCAAGCUACCGAAAAAUAAAGAUCUCAGUCUUUCGGGAUUUUCAAGCCAAAUGAUUCUUGAAAUGUGCAUAUUAAGUGGCUGUGAUUAUCUGCAGUCACUUCCAGGAAUGGGACUCAAAAGAGCUCAUGCUCUCAUCACAAAGUUCAAAAGCUAUGACAGAGUAAUUAAACACUUAAAGUACAGCACAGUUUCAGUUACCCCUGGUUAUGAGGAGUCAUUCAAGAGAGCUUUACUGACUUUCAAGCAUCAACGUGUCUAUGACCAAAAAACUGAAGAUAUUAUGCACUUGUCUGGAUUUUCUGACAACCUUGGCGAAGAUUCAGAUUUUGUAGGCCCAUUAAUGCCACAACAUAUUGCUAAAGGUAUAGCACUAGGCCAGCUUGAUCCAUUCACACAGUUGCCAUUCCAGGCUGAGAGUGUUACUCCUAAAUUGGCGGUUGAUGAUAUUUCCUGUCCCAAAAGUUUCAAACCUGAAAUUCUGAAGAAAAAGCUUGAUUUACCAGUCCAGAAAAAUCUUCUCACCAAGUAUUUCUGCUUUGCAUCUAUUGAGGCCAAAAGGAAAUUCAAGGCUCCUAGGAUAUCUCCAAUGUCUCUGACCCCAACUGGUGAGUCUCCAAGCACUCCUGAGGAUAACGCAACAAAUGUAGAUGCUCUCUCAAGUCAGAUAACAAAUGAAUCCCCGGGUUAUGGCUUGGGUAAAAAUGCAUACGUUAGCGAAGUUGCUGAGGAAAGAAGUUCACACGACAAUGAUGCAAAGGAAAGGAAUUACAAGGACCUUGAACAUAAGUACGUCGAACCUGAAGUGGUGAGGCCGAAGACAGAUAGUUUGAAGGUUGUAGUAAGGAGCAAGUAUUUUAAGCACAAGCAGGAGGGAAGUCCUAAACAAUCGUUCUCAUGUCUCAAUGAUUGCUCUGUGAGUGGUCAGAAAAAAAAUGCUAAAAAUGUGAUUGACAUGUCAAGUGCGUGUAGAAGAGAAGACAGUGACAGAACUAUAGCAACAAGUCCAUGUUUCCCUCAUGAGGAAAUUUAUAACGGUCAUGAAAAUGCCAAAGAAGCGAGUUUCUCUGCCAUGAACGAAGUUGCUGGCAGUGGCAGAACCACAAACAUCCACAAGAUAGAUAAUCAGAUCGAUAAAGAAGAACAGAACCCAUCCAUUGAGAUCCGUUCUGCUUUUAGUACUCCCCAGAAUGUAAUACCUCUCUCUUCCAUUGCUAUUAAUAGUUUUCAUGGAGCUGCAACAGGGAAGAGAAAGUUUGACUCAGAUGAAAACCUUCAGAAGGAAAAUUUGAAUUUCAAGCACAUGCGCAUGGGUGAAAGUGAUCCUGCUCUAAACACAGAAACAUCAUUUGGAACUGACGACGUUGAGAAGUUUGGAUCAAACAUUUCACAUAUUGGGCAUUACUCAGAAAUAGCAGAGAAAUCAGUGGAAAAAUUUGUCUCAGCUAUAUCAUCUUUCAGAUAUUCAGUGUCUGGCUCUCGUGCUAGCGGUCUCCGUGCACCUCUUAAAGAUAUCCGCAACACUUGUCCAUCAUCUAAAGGAAACAGGUUAUCUCCUAGACCAGACUUCAGCAAGUUUGGUUACACGUCAAGUAACCUAGACAAGGUAACCAAGUCAAGGCGAUUGUGAGCUCAGGAAAUGUAAGUUAAUCAUCUCUUUAGGGCCACAUGUUAGAGUUUUAGCUGUGGGAAUCAACUUGCUUGGUCGCAAACUCGCAAUGAUAUGGUUGUUGUUUUGAAUGAUAUUGUAUCUGUUAGCUAUUCACUGUGCAGAACAUUUUUGUUAUAGAUUCUUUACACAACAACUUGAUUGAUUGAUUCAUAAAUGAAAAGUACUUUCAACUUGUCU